UCAUUUCUUGAUAAAGGGAGUACUUUUAAUUUGGUCUCUACAAUUCAACCAUUUUCUCUUACCUCGACUUCUUUCUUGUUUCUCAUUAAUUACAAUCACAUAAAUUUUCCGCCCCCCACACAUCCUAUUUCUAUAUUCUGAUUCUCAAAGCAAAGAAUCUCACUUCUUUCUUUUUCCCUGUUUCAUUGAUUGAAUGAUUUCAAGAUCGAUUUUUUCCUCCUUUUGUGGUUGUUAUACAUAAUUCUUGAAAAAUGGCUUCACAAAUUUUCCCAAAGGUGAAGAGUGAAUCAUCGGAGAGUGGUGGUUCUGAGAGUGGAGCUGAUGAAAAAGGUGGAAAUAAUGAUAAUUUUGAAUAUUUUGGGUGGGUUUAUCAUUUGGGUGUUAAUUCAAUUGGACAUGAAUAUUGUCACCUUAGGUUCUUGUACAUUCGUGGCAAGUACAUGGAAAUGUACAAAAGAGACCCCCAUGAAAAUCCUGGCACUAAACCAAUUAGGAGGGGUGUUAUAAAUCACACGCUUAUGGUGGAGGAGUUGGGCCGUCGAAGGGUUAACCAUGGGGAUCUCUAUGUGUUGAGGUUUCAGAAUCGGCUGGACGAGUCAAAAAGGGGAGAAAUUGCUUGUGCUUCGCCCGGUGAGGUCCGAAAAUGGAUGGAAGCCUUUGAUCAAGCAAAACAACAGUUAUCUAAUGUUGUUUCCCACCUUCUUUGUAGUGUAGGUGUUCGGAUAUUUGAAGAUAUGGCAAACAAAAAGACUGGUAAAGGAGUUCUUGUCAAGGCCGUUGCUGUUGUCGAAGCUAGUGCAGAUACUGUCUUUGACGUGCUUUUGAGUCUUGAUCGACGUCGCAGAUAUGAGUGGGAUACAUUAACAGGGGACCUGGAGUUGGUAGAAUCUUUGGAUGGUCACUGCGAUGUUGUUUAUGGGACACUUGAUCUCAGAAAACUUUCCUGGUGGCAAUCUAAGAGAGAUUUUUUCUUUUCUAGGAGGUGGUUUCAUGGUCAAGAUGGAACAUAUACGAUUUUGCAUUUUCCAACUGAAUACAAGAAGCGGCCUCCAAAAAGUGGAUAUCGACGUAUAAAAAUUAACCCUUCUUCUUGGGAGAUCAGCAAUAUAAGCACUUCCUCCUCAUUAAAUCCUGCGAGAUGCCUUGUGACACUGAUUCUGGAGAUACAUUCUAAGCACUGGUUUAAGUGGAAGAACAAUGAGUUCUCUAAAUUUGAGAGGACACUUCCUUUUGGAAUGUUGAAUCAAGUGGCAGGUCUGAAGGAAUAUAUUGGAGCAAGUCCAGCACUUACAUUUGAAUCAUCCACAGUAGUUGUUCAUUCAAAAACAUCUAACGUUUCUAUAUUAAGCAAUGAGCUUGAGGAUACAGUGGGGUCAGAUGAAUUCUAUGAUGCAAUAGGUGACGAGUCCUCAUCAUCAGAUGAAGAUAGUGAUGAUGAAGUAACCAGUAAGAAGGACAAAAAAGUCAAGCUAAAAAACGUUUCAUGGGCCAUAGCAAGCUUGGCUUUAAAGAGGACAUCAGCACCAGACAUUAGUAAGGAACUAAAUCCCGAUGUACCUCCUUUAACUCUUGAUCCAAGUCAGUUUCAUGGUACCAUGCGGCAGGCGAAGAGUGAGAGCGACUCUGAUUGCUGGUGUUCGCCAAGUGGUUCUGGGUUCAUGAUCAGAGGGAAGACGUACUUGAAAGACAGUACAAAGGUCACUGGAGGAGAUCCCCUGCUCAAGCUUAUCGCAGUUGAUUGGUUCAAGGUGGAUGAAUGCAUCACAAAGGUUGCUCUGCAUCCUAAGUGUCUUGUUCAGUCUGAAGCAGGGAAGAAACUUCCAUUCAUACUCGUAAUUAACCUCAUGGUUCCGGCUAAACCAAAUUACAGCCUGGUUCUUUAUUAUGCUGCUGACAGACCUGUAAAUAAGAAUUCAUUGUUGGGUAAAUUCAUUGAUGGAACUGACUCUUUCCGUGAUUCAAGAUUCAAACUGAUUCCAAGCAUUAUUGAGGGGUACUGGAUGGUUAAACGUGCCGUGGGAACUAAAGCUUGCCUAUUGGGAAAGGCAGUAACUUGCAAAUACCUUAGACAAGAUAACUUUCUGGAGAUUGAUGUGGACAUCGGUUCAUCAUCCGUGGCAAGAGGUGUUAUUGGUCUUGUACUGGGAUAUGUGACAAGCCUUGUCAUUGAUCUUGCUAUUUUAAUAGAGGUAUGUCAUUCUUCUCCUUUAGAUUAUGGUCCAUCUGAUCAGUUCUUACCGAAGAAGGAACUUGCCUCGACGGGAGUAAAACCAUCUAAUCUUUAAGUAGUUCAGAAUGAACCACCAAAGGUAAGUACCCCUCCAUCAUUCACCAGAGAUCUCAGGUUCGAGUCAGGGGGAAGCUACACUAUCCUAAGGGUGGUCAAUUGACAUGUUUAUAUAGGUUAAAUAUUAGGUUUUAUAGGUAUAUUACAUAUAUUGAACACCCUUUGUUGGAGAAUUUUCACUUCUUUCAAGUUUGAACACCCUUGGGGAAAUUCCUGGCUUCGCCACUGGACUUCGAGCGCUAGAAUGGAGUCGCCUUUGGUAGGAGACUCUUUAUCCCCCAAAAUCGGAUUCUCCGGCGCGUAUCCGGAUUAGUCGGGCUCCAGAGGGGGCACUAAAAACUGCGUAGGAAACCAAUAAAAGAAAGUUUAGAAUGACAACUUUAU